UUUCUUUUUUGGCCACGUACAAACAAUACAUUGAACUCAAGAACAAGGUACAAGGUUAGAAGCUGCUGAUCUCUAUUCUCGAAAACCCCAGUCCCCAGCCUUUGCUGCUCCUCUCUCCUCUUCGCCAUCCGACUCUCUGUCAUUCCAAUCCAGGUUGGUCUCUCUCCUUCUCCUCUCUUCGGCUUCGCCCCUCAAGUUUUACAUCCUUGCCCGCCCGCAUAUGCACUUACUCCCUUUCCUAUAUGUGAAUAUAUGUAUGUAUACUUCCAUAUAUUGAAUCGACAACACACACAUCUGCAUAUUUGACCCCUUCAUAAAAUUACCAGAUCCAUCAUCCUCGAUCUCUCUCCAUGGCCCCAUCUUCCCUCUUCCUUUUUGGGUUUUUUAUGUUUUUGAUCCAUUUCUCCUAUUCCGAUCCGGCUUUGGGUUGCUCCCGGACCAAUACCUCUCUUCUCAACUUCACCUCACACUUCACCAUGGUGCAGCACCAGCUGCGCGGUCUCUUCUCUGUCAUUGAUGAUUGUUCUUUUCGGGUUUCCCACUUUGACAUGCUCUCCGGCUACGACGUCCACUGGUGGGGCGCCACGGCUGAUGAUUUCCAAAAUCUCACCAAUGGUUUCAUCAUUUCCGAUUCUACCCUCAAUCAGACUUAUAAAAACGACACCUUUGUUGUUCAUUUGCACAAAAAUGUAACUUGGGAUCAAAUUAAAGUUGUUGCAGUUUGGGAUAUCCCCACCGCCUCUGAUUUUGGCCACAUUUUGUUGACUAAUUACUCUGCAAACGGUGGAGUGAAUUUAUCAAACAAUGAGCAGCCCACCAUGUUUGAUAAUUGUAAAAUGCUCUCUGAUAAUUAUAGGAUUAGGUGGAGUUUUAAGGAGGGGGAUAAUGUCAUUGAUAUUGGUUUGGAGGCUGCAAUUGGAAUUCAGAAUUAUAUGGCUUUUGGGUGGGCAGACCCCAAUGCUUCAGGUUCUUUGAUGGUAGGUGGUGAUGUGGCCAUCACAGGGUUUAAGGAGGGUGGAAUACCAUUUGCGGAUGAUUAUUAUAUAACUAAGAAUAGUGAGUGCAUGGUCAAUGAGGAUGGGUCUGUUCAGGGGGUUUGUCCAGAUUCUAUGUAUAAUGCUACGAGUACCAUUGGGCUGGUGAACAAUACAAGGUGUGUUUAUGGGCACAGGAAGGAUGGUGUAUCAUUUGUUAGGUAUUGGAGACCAUUGCAGUCUAAUGAUAGCAAGUAUGAUGUGAAAGUGGAUCCUAGGGGGAACAUGAUUGUGAUAUGGGCAAUAGGCCUGAUUAAGCCUCCUGAUAGUCUACGUCCUUUAUAUCUUCCUCAAAAUCACGGCGGGACAUAUGGUCAUUUGAGGCUUAACAUCUCUGCGCGUGUCAAUGAUUGUUUAGGACCAUUGGAUGCUCAAGAUAAGGAGGAUCAAGAUCUUGUCAUUGCAGAUAAAAAGGAGCCGCUUGUUAUAUCAACUGGUCCAGCAUUGCAUUACCCAAAUCCACCAAAUCCUUCUAAAGUUCUUUAUAUUAACAAGAAGGAAGCCCCUAUUCUGAGGGUAGAGAGGGGUGUGCCAGUGAAGUUUUCUAUACAGGCUGGACAUGAUGUGGCGUUAUAUGUUACAUCUGAUCCCAUUGGCGGGAAUGCAACUUUGAGAAACGCAUCAGAGACUAUAUAUUUUGGGGGUCCAGAAGCAGAAGGUGUACAAGCUAGUCCUGGGGAGAUGGUGUGGGCACCUGAUAGAAACACACCAGAUCUUGUUUACUAUCACUCUCUUUACGUACCAAAGAUGGGUUGGAAAGUGCAAGUGGUUGAUGGAGGCUUGCCUGAUAUGUAUAAUAACAGUGUCUCAUUGGAUGAUCAGCAAGUUAUGCUUUUCUGGACACUGUCAGAGAACUCAAUAUCUAUUGCAGCUAGGGGUGAGAAAAAAAGUGGUUAUCUGGCAAUUGGGUUUGGUCGUGGGAUGGUAAACAGCUAUGCUUAUGUUGGUUGGGUUGAUGACAGCGGUAAAGGCAGGGUGAAUACCUAUUGGAUUGAUGGAAGGGAUUCUUCAAAUGUGCAUCCAACAAAGGAGAACUUGACAUAUGUGAGAUGCAAAUCUGAAAAUGGCAUCAUUACACUGGAGUUCACCCGACCUCUAAAUCCAUCUUGUGAUCCAAAUGGAAGACCAGAAUGCAACAACAUUGUUGAUCCUUCAACUCCUUUGAAAGUUAUCUGGGCUAUGGGUGCUCAAUGGUCAGAUGACCAUUUAAGUGUGGGAAACAUGCAUUUUGUAACAAGCAAGAGGCCUAUGAGUGUGUUGCUAAUGCGUGGUUCUGCAGAAGCAGAGGAGGACUUGCGACCUGUUUUAGGUGUACAUGGGUUCAUGAUGUUUCUUGCUUGGGGUAUUCUGCUUCCUGGUGGAAUUCUGGCAGCUAGAUACUUGAAGCAUGUGAAAGACGACAAUUGGUUCCGGAUUCAUGUUUACCUGCAAUACUCAGGGUUAGCUAUUGUUUUCCUUGGUUUCUUGUUUGCUGUUGCUGAACUCAGGGGUCUAACUUUUGACUCUGUGCACGUUAAGUUUGGAAUGCUGGCAAUAUUGCUGGCAGUUGCACAACCAGUAAAUGCUUACUUAAGACCUAAGAAGCCUGCUAACGGGGAGGAGACUUCUAAAACGAGACUCAUAUGGGAGUAUACUCAUAUUAUAAUUGGGAGAUGUGCUAUAGUUGUAGGAGUUGCUGCUCUAAUCAGUGGGAUGAAACAUUUGGGAGAGAGGUAUGGAGAUGAAAAUGUUAAUGGCCUUAGUUGGGCUCUGAUAGUUUGGUUAUUGAUUGGUGCUUUAACUGUAAUAUAUUUGGAGUAUAAUGAGAUGAAAAAAAGGCGGGGCAGGAUACUUGGAAGAAGCAAUUGGGUAUUGGGUAAUGGUGAGGAGGAGGAUGUCGACCUCCUCAGCCGAAGCAGGGUGAGGACAGAGAAAGAAUCACAAUCUUCAGAAAGAAUGGAGGUUCAGCUAGAAGCAUUGAGCAGAUAGAGAGAGGUUCUGCAUUUGCUAGUUAUCUGAUAUAGUGAUGCAGAUAGGAUAUUUCAAAGGGAUUGAUUGAGAUUUCACCUCUUGUUAUGAAAUACUCCUCCUAUGUUUUUGGUUGUGGAGAGCAAAUAGUGAGCGACAUCCAUAUUGUACACUCGGUAAAUUCAUUGACAUAGUGAAAGAAGAUGAUUAUUCUUUGCACUAGUUGGUACGUUGAUAUGAAUAUUGGUUUUUGAGAAUA